UAGCUCGAUUAGUGAGCGAGUCAAGGCCUUGCAAUUGCUUCGUAAUUGGUUGCUCGAUGGCUGCACCUGCUGUUUAUACUCUACAUGCAAUGGAGAGACAGAAGUUUCCUGGUUGGAAAACUGGGUUUUCUGUUUGUAUUCCUUCUAGCUUAAAUGGAAGGAGAAUAGGGCUGUGUAAGCAACACCUCAAAGAUCUCUAUAUAGGUCAAAUAUCACUUCAAGCCAUUGAUUUUGGAGCUUGGAGAUGAUUACAUUCUCUCCACUACAAGACUCCUGCAAGUUGUUAAUAUCUCUUCCUAGGUCGAGUCUGAUUGGUUUUAGACAGUUUGUUGAGCUCUGUGUACUGAUGUCUAGCAAAUCUAAGGUCCGCGGAUUAUUGUUCUUCAACUGUUUUAGUUUUGAAAGGCCUUCUGCAGUAGCACAGUUUGCAUACCCUCAGAAUCUAAAACCAUGGCAUUAGCUGGUCGUAUGGGCCAACUCUAGGGGAAAUGGCUUUGGUGGCUUUCGCAAUAUAACUUUCUUCACUUUUGACGGUUUUGAACAUCACAAAUGGAAUUAGCAGAUCGAGCAGUCGGGCUACUACUAUCUUCGAUCAGCUUAUCCAUAUUCACAUACUAUACUUUCUGGAUCAUCAUCCUGCCAUUUGUAGAUAGUGAUCAUUUCAUCCACAAGUACUUCUUGCCCCAAGACUAUGCCAUUCUCGUACCUGUCUUCGCUGGCAUAACCCUCCUCUCUCUCCUUUCCGUAUUUAUCGGCAUGGUCAUGCUCAAAUCAAAAAAGAAGAAGGCAUAAUUUCAACCUUAGCUUUAGACAAAGUUCUGAUUAUUUUCUUAAGUUGUGCCUACUUUGUUUUGGUCUUUGAGAUGAUUAGUCCUGAAGUUUAAAUGGUGUAGUUGAACCCGUCCGAGACGUCCUAUUGUCUGAAUACGUAAAGACAUACUGUAAAAUUCAAGUUUUGGUUUU